AUGGAUGCCGGAGCCUUGGUCGACUCUCGCGACCACUUCAAGGCCGCGCCACUCAUGCUCGCGGCCUUGGGGGGGCACGAGCGCGUCGUUCGCUGUCUGCUGUAUGCCGGGGCUGGUGCGCCCAACCGUUACAACUCCCUGCUGAGCGCUGGCUUCUGCAAGGGUCAGCAUGACGAGACCGGUGUAACCGCAGCCGAGAUAUCCGCCAGAGUGGGGCACGAGUCCUCACGGGAAGCUACCCGUCGGCUCCUAGGCGGUGACAGAGGAGGCAAGCUGGUCUACGAUUACGUCAACAUGGUCAGCCAGAACGUGGCUACCGUGUACGGUCUGGUCAAAGGCGGGGCGUUCCUGGAUUGGCAGGACAGCCACAGGAGACGCUCUCCGUUGCACCGGGCGGUGAACUUCGGGCAUUCCCAGAUUCUUCAGAUCCUACUCACUACUGGCGCCAACCCAAACGUCGCCGACAACCUUGCCGUUACGCCGUUACCCCGAUGCAUAUGGUUGCCGUCAAGGGAUGCGAGGCUGAGGCUGCCGACUGCUCUGUGCCAGAGCCGAUACGCACGCACGCACGAAUGA